AUGGACUCUGCGACCAUGACAUUUUGCACCAAAUCCGUCUACUCGCCUCCAGGUUUAUUUUUGGGGAGAACCAUAGGGAUUAGGAGCUCUCAAUGUAGCUUUAUGUUGGGUACUAGGGUGCACUUCCCUCAGCAGAGAGCUCCGGCUUCUCAAGUCAGUCAUAAAUCUGGGAAACAUGGAGGAGCACUUGGUGCUACAUGUCGAGACGAUAAAAUCUUGGUGGCAAACAGAGGAGAAAUUGCUGUUCGUGUAAUUAGAACUGCUCAUGAGAUGGGAAUUCCUUGUGUUGCAGUCUACUCGACCAUAGAUAAGGAUGCACUUCAUGUGAAACUCGCUGAUGAAUCAGUUUGCAUAGGUGAAGCACCGAGUAGUCAAUCGCCGCUCACCAUAUGGUUUGCUUUUGAUGAAGAUGUCAAUUUUGGUAUAUUCUUUGAGAGGACAAAACAAAGGUACCUAUUGGUCCCAAAUGUCCUAUCAGCUGCUAUUAGCCGUGGAUGUACAAUGCUACAUCCAGGAUAUGGUUUCCUUGCUGAGAAUGCAGUUUUUGUCGAAAUGUGCAGAGAGCAUGGAAUCAAUUUUAUUGGACCAAAUCCUGACAGCAUUCGCAUCAUGGGUGACAAGUCAACUGCCAGGGACACCAUGAAGAAUGCUGGUGUUCCAACUGUUCCAGGAAGUGAUGGAUUGUUACAGAGCACAGAAGAAGGUAUCAGGCUUGCUGAUGAGAUUGGUUUCCCUGUGAUGAUCAAGGCAACAGCUGGUGGAGGAGGACGUGGAAUGCGUCUUGCUAAGGAGCCUGAUGAGUUUGUGAAACUGUUACAGCAAGCGAAGAGUGAGGCUGCAGCUGCAUUUGGAAACGAUGGUGUCUAUCUGGAAAAGUAUGUUCAAAAUCCAAGGCACAUUGAGUUCCAGGUUCUUGCGGACAAGUUUGGCAAUGUUGUUCACUUUGGUGAGCGUGAUUGCAGUAUUCAGCGAAGAAAUCAAAAGUUGCUUGAAGAAGCACCCUCCCCCGCAUUAACCCACGAGUUGCGGAAAGCGAUGGGGGAUGCAGCGGUUGCAGCAGCAGCAUCAAUAGGUUACAUUGGUGUUGGGACCAUCGAGUUCCUUCUAGAUGAGAGGGGGUCCUUUUACUUCAUGGAGAUGAACACUCGGAUCCAGGUAGAGCAUCCUGUGACAGAAAUGAUUUCCUCUGUUGACCUGAUAGAAGAACAGAUCCGUGUAGCCAGGGGGGAGAAACUGCAGUACAAACAGGAAGAUAUUGUGCUUAGAGGGCAUUCAAUUGAAUGCCGUAUCAAUGCAGAAGAUGCUUUCAAAAAUUUCAGACCUGGGCCAGGGAGAAUAACAGCAUACUUGCCAUCUGGAGGUCCAUUUGUGAGAAUGGAUAGCCAUGUUUACCCUGAUUACGUGGUCCCGCCAAGUUAUGAUUCCCUACUUGGAAAGCUUAUUGUAUGGGCUCCGACAAGAGAGAGGGCAAUUGUACGCAUGAAAAGGGCUCUUGAUGACACUAUUAUUAUAGGGGUUCCAACAACCAUUGAUUACCAUAAACUUAUCCUUGACAUUGAGGACUUCAAAAAUGGUAAAGUUGAUACCGCUUUCAUUCCAAAGCAUGAACAGGAGUUAGCUGCGCCCCAGAAAAUUGAAGCAGCAACUCCUCCUAAAGAGCUGACUAAGGCUGCUGCUUAA